AGAUACGUAAAUGAAGUUCGCCAGAGUCGGAACUCGUAAGACUGAUUCCUUAUCGGUCAAUUCGAAUCCGAAGUCGAAACUCGAAUUCGGCGCACGGAGUGCGCAGUAAUCUCGUGCCUAAUGGAAAAGGCGUAUGGCAAUUGCCAUACACCGUGUCUCUAGACACUGCCAAUAAAAACUUCUUUUAUGACAUGAUUCAUAACAAUAUUCAUAAUUACCGUCAACUCGUCAAGCCAACAGUUUGCUCCUAUCACCGCUUAUCAGUCAAGUUCCGUUACUCUCACUGAAUCAAUCAACGACAAGUCUCUUCUAACAGCUGCAAAAACAUUGAAAUACACAAGCACUCGUCAGCUUUACCUAUUGCACGCUGGACAUUGCGUGUCUAUACAUUUACUCAUUUCCUAAAUCUUUAAAAAAAAAAACAAAAUAAAACCACCCAAAUGUGAGUGAUUGCUUCUCUUAUUACGGAAUCGAUAUAACCUUUCAACUCAUACGGCAAUUGUACACAAAAUUGAAUAAUGAAAAAACUAUACAGUAAUAAUAAUAAAAGUAAUGUGUAAGGUGUGCAUGAGGGUAUUUUACCGUAUUGAUUUACCCAUUUUGUUGAGGAGACUCCUGAACGCGCAGGUCCUCCCAAAUACCAUCCACUAUGAAUGAUACGCGUACGUAUUGGUGAUAAAACCCGUGAAUUCAACCAGCUGUAGACGCAUUUGGAUAUCUGGAAUUUGGAUUUGCGAGGAUGAAAUUCGAUCCUCCAACGUUCCGAUUUUUGGUUAUUAAUUUGUGUCUAUUGAUCAAUAUUACCACCGGUGAACUUGAAUAUUAUCAGGACGUUGAUUCAGAAUCGUCAACGACAAAUCUAAGGCUAAAGCAGAUAGAGCGUUACCUAGCCUCCCAAUCGCGCCCUCGUCUAUUCCGUCGAGACCAUGCGCCACCUUCUUAUCGUCAUAUCCAGGCUUAUGAGGAUGACAUUUACCAAGAACGCGAACGGCAAAUCUUGGAUGCCUUGGUGGAUCACCCUAGCAUUCUCAAAUUGCUGGAGAAGAGCAGAGAGGAUUACUUAAAUUCACUUUCUGACUACAACUCCAUUCCCUACUCAGCAAAAUCACCAAUUCGUCCCUACCUAAACGUCAAUUUGGAACCGCCUGAAAUUUACGAAUACCCCAAGAUCAAGAUGGCCUUUCCAGAAGGCAGAAUUAGUGAACGUGGCAAAUUGUUAUUCCAAGACUCCCCGAGCUAUCCUCUGAGGCUAAGUCUCCCUGAUCCAAAUGAUUCUGAAAAAGAGAAAAUGAAGAGCUCUCUUGAAAAAUUACAGAAUCAAUUAUUGACAUUGUACACUCAGAAAUAUUAUAUUCCUCCUAAAAAAGUAACUCCAAAUGAUGUAUUAACUGAGUUUACAUAUCAUUUUGGAGAACCCAAGACCCAAGAACUUACAAACUCAUUCGCAGCCAAGCCAAAUGAUCCUCGAUAUUGGGAAAAGGUGGAUCAUGUGACACGGAGGGAAGAGCAUCCUACAACUGUUAGCGAUGAUGAUGCAAGGAGUGAACAAUCUCCACUGAGUAACACUGAUGCAAACAUUAAAUCGCAAAUAGAAUCAAUUAUUUAUCAAUCUGGGAGGAAUUUUAAUGACGUGAAGAACGAAGAAAAAGAAAAUCGAGUCAUAGAGAUCAUACCUGAGCCUCACAGACGAUCAGGAAAAGCACCCAUUAUUACAUUCACCAGGAGCAACGUCAACAAUGACGUGUACUUCAUUGCUAUUGUCGCUGGAUGCAGUGCUGCUGCAAUGUUCGCACUCGUUCUCAUUAGUUUAACCUGGUGCAGACUGCAGCGGAAUGUUAAAGCAGCUGCAGACAUAGACUACCCCGCUUAUGGAGUGACAGGCCCCAAUAAAGAUGUGUCGCCAUCCGGUGACCAACGACUGGCCCAUUCUGCCCAGAUGUAUCAUUUUCAACACCAAAAGCAACAGAUAAUUGCCAUGGAAAAAUCAGCUGCAUCUCGUGAUCCUGGAUCAGUCUCUGAAGCUGAGAGCGAUGAAGAAAAUGAAGAAGGUGAUUAUACAGUGUACGAGUGUCCAGGUCUAGCGCCUGCAGGAGAGGUUGAGGUGAAGAACCCGAUGUUCAACGACGAUCCAACACCAGCUACACCACCCCUAAACAACACCCAAGACGAAGAAUCACGUCACUAACUCGACACGACUAUUGACACAACAGGAAAAAAUAAAACCAAUAAACUCGAGGUGGGAAAAUGAUCAGAUAUUAUUAUUAUUAUUAUUAUUAUUUUACCAUUUUCAGGUGCUUGACUAACGUUUAACCGAAAAUCAUAUCCAAUAUAUUUAUCGAUACCUAUUAUGUAAAACAAUGCAUAUAUACAGCUGUAUGAAUUUUUUAACGAACACACUUUUUGUUUUAAUAACGUGUAAUUGGCCGUAUCAUGCGAGUGAGUACGAUUCUACACUUUUCCAUGUAGCAGUUAUGUAGAAAGAUUUAUGGAAUUUAUUUAUUAUAUGGGGUUGUAUUAAUCAACGAACUCCGGUAGAAUUGUGGUGCUGUAAAAAUUUGUACUUCUCCAUUAAAUCAUCUCAUUAUACUAUUAUUUUUCACUAAUAUCUCUUUCGAGUGAACCGGAGACUAUUUGUCUCAUCCAUUGCAAUAUAGAAAAUUUUCCUAAACUUUGAAAAAAUUCUCCAAUAAAUAAAAAUCAUAUGAAAAAUUAUAGAUAAAGGGAAAGAGUGAAGAAUAUUAUUUGGCAAAUUUCAAUUGAUCGUUCAUUGCAAGAUUUAUUUUGACCAAUUAUAAUUAUAUAUACUACGACAUACGUAGUUGUCUGUCAAAUUAUAUUCUGUGCAUUAUACAAUGUACAUACACAUCAAUAAUAAAUAUAUGAUAUAUUGAAAAAUCGUCGUGUAUAAAUAAAGGUUUCAUCGUUACGUUUAGAUUUCCCUCUAUCAAUUAAAAUCAUUCAAGUAUUGAACAUCAAUUCGUGCUAUUGAUUUGUAUGAGCUUCCUUCAAGUGAAACAAAGGACACAUUAAAACUGAGUGUUCGCUGAGCAUUAUGCAACUUUAUUUUAUGUACCGAAAUAAUAACAGGAGAUUUAAAUGAAUUUCUGAUGUCGUGCUGGCCAAAGACAUACCAUAUUUUAACUCUAUUGUAAUUAGCAACUGAAAAAUCGUAAAACUACAAAAAUUGAAUGAAUUAAUGUCUAUGUAUAAGGUGAUUAGGAUACUGGCCAUUUUAGUUGUGAUUUCAAGUGCUACAAUUUCUAAAGAUAAAUCUGCAAUGGACUGGAAGAACGUAGAGAUAGAGUAUAACAUUGCUCUCGAUUACCUCCCUAUCAUCAUGAAUUAGUACAGUUAAUAAUGUGAUCAAUUAUCUUUUAAUCGUUUUAAUAGAAGACCAAACCAAUUGAUAAAUCAAUAAUUAUCACUAUUUUGUGCAAUAAUAUAAGGAUUGCAAACAAGAGACAACCUAUUUUAGCGUGAUAAGAGGUAAUAAAUUUUAUCAAUGUUGUAUUUAUUAUCUUCAAAUUAUAUUGUCGUUUUGUCAACGAGGAUUAGGAUUUUAUCUGUCUCUCAAUGUAGAUGGUGAAUAGGCCAAUGUAAAAGAGAAGAGGACAAUCUAUGUGUACAGAGAGGUAACGGAAUUAUAUCGCGACCGUCAAGUGAUAUUUUAGGAAAUGCCAGGAGAAAGAAUGAGUUUUUUGAAUGAAAAUUUUUCCAUUUUUCCUUGAUUAAUAUUCAAUUUUUCUUUUUAUUAAUUUACAUACAAAUAAAUGAGCCACUGAAAGAGAGUAAAUUUAUGUUGGAAAUCCAUAAUUUUCUGGCAAUCAAUUUUAAAGUGUAAAGGAGAAGUUGUAUUGAAUAAUAUUGUAUUAUUAUUAUUUUCGCAAAUAAAUGAUUUUUUGUAACUGAUAA